AUGCCUAUUUUGAUUGGUGGUUUUGGUAAUUGGAUGUUGCCUAUUAUGUUAGGUUCUCCUGAAAUGGCUUUUCCUCGUUUGCAUACUGUUGGUAUUGGGUCUUUAUUAGGUUCUAUUAAUUUUAUAGUUACAGUUCAGAAUAUGCGUUCUAUUGCUGUUACAUUAGAUCAGAUUAGUAUAUUUGUUUGA